AUGAAGAAAGAAUCUGCUAGUUUGUGUUUGUUUCUACUGUUGAUCAAUGGAAUGUCGUUAACAUCUGUUCACGGUUUUCUAUAUUCAGACGCUGAAUCUCUUCUUCAGGAUGUCUUUCAAAACUAUUCAACCGAUAUCCGACCAAAAGAAAACCUGUCAGAAGUAUUAGAAGUCUUUAUUCAGUCGAUGAUAUUUUCAGUAAACGAUUUUGAUGAGGUGUCUGGGGUUUUGUCCAUUGUAAGUGGAUUUAUGCUGUUUUGGCAUGAUUUUCGGUUGAUUUGGACACCGAGCAACUAUGGUGAAAUCAAGGAUCUUCCUGUUCCCAAACAGAAACUAUGGGUUCCGAAUAUCUUUUUGAUUGACCCAGCCAAAAAGAUGGAAGCUAUUGGAAAUGAAGACUUCAUAGGUAGAAUUUCUUAUUCUGGUCUAGUGAUAUGGGUACCAGGAGGUCUGAUUCAGACUUUGUGCAACGUCGACAUGUAUAAAUUUCCAUUUGACACACAAUCGUGCUCUUUCACGUUAGCUCUGUGGGGAUAUUCGCCAUUUGAAGCUAGAUUAAUUCCUUAUAACAAUAUGACAUAUGUGGAUACGACUUAUUACUCGGCAAAUGCUCAAUGGUCGUUGGAAGGCACAGUGAUGAAGCGGUCGUCAUUAGGAGAUUACGAUAACUUAAUUGAAUGUCAAUUCAUUUUGAAAAGGAAAUCUCUUUAUUUUGUUAUAAACAUGUUAGUCCCUAUUCUUCUAUUGUCUUUACUCAACCCUCUUGUGUUUGCCCUACCAGUUGAAAGCGGAGAACGUGUGUCUUAUGCUAUAACAAUCUUCUUGUCAUUUGCCGUAUUUAUGACUUUACUCUGCGACAGUAUACCAAAAUCUUCCGAGCCAAUGUCUUUGAUGUCGUACUUCCUAAUAGUUACGAUGUCUAUGAGCACCUUAGUAUGCGUUUUGGCUGUUGUUACAAUGAGGUUUCAUUUCAAAGAUUCCAUAUUACCAAUUUCAGGUAAACAUAUUUUUAUACUAAAUGUUCUGAGACUCCGAUGUCUGUGGCGCGUCUGUAGAAAACGUAAGAAGAAGUCUAAAGACUUCGACAAGUCCGCCAAUUUGGAUGAAGGUUUCGAAAAAAGUAACAUGUCUGGUGACAAAAAUAUGCAAGAUAUUGAAGCAGAAGAGAAAGUCACUUGGAAAAUUUUAGCUGAGGGAUAUGACAGAGUGAUGACGUACUAUUUUUACAUUUUUGUUUUCAUUCAGUGGUGCAUCCUCGUGUUUGCAUUAAUGUAA